AUGAAGGUCCCCGGGCUAUCAGCUAUCGCCGUGGCCGGCACACUGGUCAACGCCGCCAAAGGACCGUUCCUCGAGCAGAUCAACGAUUCGACUUGGGUCAUCGGAAACGAUCACUGGAACCUGACCCAAGGCGCACUCUACGCUACCAAGCUUUUCUGGGAGGGUGUGCCAGGCGCCGAUCUGGUGGGCUCGGCCGUCGGUCACUACGUCGGUUACGACGGAGAGAACAACUUCAGGUUCACCAACGCCACCGUCGCGUCCCGGGGAACGGACUACAUCGACGUCAGCUUCUCCGCCGCUGCCGGCGACUUCCACUGGGUCAUCUUUGACGACCUGACCGGCGCGUACCAGUAUUUCGUCAACCGCGCCCUGCCCGACAUCAGCAUCCUGCGGACCCUGUGGAGGCUGGCGCCCGACCUCUUCCCCAACGGCCGCACCCAUCUCAAGGAUGAGCCCCUGCCCGACUUCUCGCUGUACGCAAGCGCGACCAACGUCCAGGACGAGACCUGGCAGCUGGCCGACGGCUCCUUCAUCACCAAGUAUGACUGGUCCAACGCCGUCAGGGACCGCGACUUUUACGGCGUCUACGGGCCCAAGGCCGGGUCCUGGUACAUCCACCCCUCGACCGAGUACUACAACAGCGACCACCUGAGCCAGACUUUGACGGUUCAUCGGGAGUCCAAGACCGGCGACGCUGUUCAGCUCAACGUUGUCCAGGAUACUUCGCACUUUCGGGUUGGGCAGAAGGUCGCCCAGCCGGAGGGCAAGGUCUGGGGGCCUUGGCUCUGGUAUCUGAACAACGGAGACGUCGCGGAUGCCGCGCGGAAGCGCAAGGAGGAGGACAAGCAUGUCCCCUACACCUGGUUCAAGGACGCAGCCUACCACUCCCGCGGCGGGGUGCAGGGGACCCUGACGCUGUCCGAUGGCCGCCCGGCCUCGGGCGCCGCAGUCUUCCUCGGCGACGCCGACACGACCGUCCGCCCGUCGAUCCAGGGCAGGAACUACUACUACACCACCUACGCCAACGACAAGGGCCGCUUCUCCUUCGACGGGGUGCGCAGCGGCUCCUACGCCGUCUACGCGACGUCCAACGGCGGCAAGCUCGGCGACGUGUACACCAACUUCACCGCGCCCGUCACCGUUGCCAAGGACAAGACGCUCAACCUGGGCCAGCUCACGUGGGGCGUCCCGCCCAAGGGUAAGCGCGUCUUCCAGGUCGGCGAGUUCGACAAGAAGGCCAGCGGCUUCCGGAACGGCGGCGUCCCGUACCAGCACGGCGUGGCGGCGCAGAGCCCGGCGAACCUGACCUUCACCGUCGGAGAGUCCCGGGACUCGGACUGGUACUUCGCGCAGUCGGCGCUCGGCAAGUGGACGAUCGAGUUCGGCCUCGCCGCAAGCGACGUCGCCGCCAACAGGACGGCGCUGCUGAGCGUCUCCCUGGCCGGGUACUCGCAGAGCGGCGCGCUCGACGUCGACGUCAACGGGCACGUCUACGGCUCGCUGAACAAGGACGGUCUGACGAGCGACCCGGCGCUGUACCGCUCGGGCAAGGUCAGCGGCGAGUGGCGGUUCCUGCAGUACAGGAUCGACGCGGACGUCCUCCGGGCGGGCGUCAACACCGUCGGCUUCACCGUCACCCGCUACACCCAGUGGAGGGGGUUCCUGUGGGACAGCAUCAUCUUGGAGUGGAUUUGAGGUGAUGAUUGUAUGAAGCUUGAAGUGACGACGAGCCGAUGUCUGGUAAUUCAGAGUUGAUUGAGAAGAUGGCUUGUUUCCUUUUCUCAAACACUCUAGGGUUAUGGUUAAAUGUACAUACAUAGUAAAAGCACCAUGCCGACAACUCGCGCGCCUCUAACGCACAAUGCGCUUAUGUGAUGUCAAGGCAGAGCCGUAAUUACAACUGUUAGUUUCCGAGCUUUGACUUUGUCAUCUAGGCCGGCUUCUUGACUUCUGUAUCCAUCUUCACGAAUGAAUCCUCCCCCCUCCUGUACUUUCUGUUGAGGAAGUAAGUUAGUCAAGACUUUAGGUAAAUGUUGUAUUUGGGAAGUUAGCAUAGCCCUUCUAUUCGGACUGUAGGCAAUUAGCUGAUCUAUCGCGGCAGAACGCUAAUGUGCAUAGCCAGCUGUGACGAGCCUGUAAUGCUCUCUAUGAAAUUUUACAACUAUUACGGAGACAGAAAUAAAAACUAGAGCAAGCAAGACCAUUUAAAAAGUUGAUUAGGAAACAACCUCAAAGGCCAUGUUGAGCCGGGUCGAAGCACUUACCAGAGCACAGCCAGCACUUGCUUCUACCGGGAAAUUUUUACAACAAGAUUUCGUGAACCUGACAUUACUCUCAGCUCUCUGCGACUUGGUUGCCGUCCGGCCCAGCAAGUGUUUUCCCUGGUAGAAGAGAUUGCCCACGCGCUCCGGUCCCCAAGCGAAACAUCGUGAGAUUCCUCAUCCACC